CGGCGUACACGUUAAACGGCCCGACCGCCUGCUAUAUAUCCCGGACCUUUCCCUCGCGUUUUGUGCAAUCGUGCCAGCAGAAAGCGGCGGUUCUGGCACACGGGCAGCGGCGACAACGCGUAGCAGCGGGGCUUGUUUGUUCGGCAGUGAUCGGUGGUGUACGGUACGCGGUUGGUCGGCGGCUCAUGUCUUCCGAAUCCGCCACGUUAGCGGUUGCCCGGUCUAACAGCUCGACAAUAUACGUGUUUGUUUUGCGUUGAUUCGCACGGCCGUGCUGCCACAGAUAAUAACCAGCAAUUUCAUUCGAACGCAACGACCGCAACGAUGACGGGCUCAAAAAUGUUGGCAGUAAUUUGUGUUAUACUAGCGUUUAGUACCCGAUCCAUUUUAGGAUGGGAGGCAGAGCAAAUGGAAGUAUUCGAUUUAGUUGAAGAAUUGAACAACCUUAAUUUUUACAAGUUCCUUGAUGUAUCUCCAGAAGCGAAUUCAUCAACAAUUAGACAAGCCUUUAGACGAAUGUCAUUACAAUUACAUCCUGAUAAAAAUGAUGCACCCGACGCCGAAGUUAGAUUUCGAGAAUUAGUGUCCAUCCAUGAUGUGUUACGAGAUCCCAAGAAACGUGCACAUUAUGAUAAAGUAUUGAAAGAAGGUUUGCCAGAUUGGCAUCACGCUCUCUAUUACUACAGACGUGUUAGAAAAAUGGGAUUUUUGGAAAUGCUCGUCAUUCUUUUUUCCAUUAUAAGCGUCGGACAAUAUCUAGUCGCGUGGGGAUCAUAUAUCGAGAAUAAAAUCACUGUUGAAGAGCUUUUGAGUUCUAAGGUUCGAAAGCUUCGAAAACAAAAGAAGUAUCGAGGUGAUUCGACAUUGCCUCCUGAAUUUGAUGUCAACAUACCGAAACCUAGUUUAAAAGACACUCUGCCCUGUCAAAUACCAUAUUGGCUAUGGAUCUUUGUUUUAAAUUUACCAUCUUUGACAACUUCAGCAAUCUCAUUUUUAGUUACCAAAUUCAAAGAGAGGACGACUUGUGAAAGCAAUGAAGAACCUGAAAAACCAGAGCCUAUUGUUCGUGAACGUGUUCGACGUCGUAAAGUCCAAUACAAGAUACCAGAGAUUAAUGAGUAUAAGAAUACUGUUGUUGAAAAUCGAGCAAAAACCAAUCUCGAUAAAAGUGAACCUCCAGUAGUUUCAGGUGGCUUAUGGACGGAUGACGAUUUGUACGAAUUGUCUCAGAUGGUCAAUAAAUAUCCGGCUGGUACGUCAGACAGAUGGCAAAAAGUUGCCAAAGCAAUGCAUCGACCCGUACCAGAAGUAGCUUACAUGGCUAACAAAAUGAAAGAAAAUGGCUAUAAAGUACCGACACCUGGCGAAACACAAGAAUCUGUAGUCACUGAAGAACCGAAAAAAAUAAAAACGAGAUCUACAACUAAUACAGAAUCUACUGACAGUGCGUGGAAUCAGGUUCAGCAGAAAGCAUUAGAGAGUGCGCUUACUAAAUAUCCCAAAGGAUCUACCGAAAACCGAUGGGAAAAAAUUGCUAAAUGUGUACCCAAUAAAACUAAAGUUAUAUGUGAAUUAAUUUGUCGUUAUAUACGUUUGAUGCUUGAGGAAUGUAUGGCUCGUUUCAAAGAAGUUGUUCAAAUGGUGAAGAAGAAAAAUAAUUCAACAGACGAGCCAUUAGAAAAUGGCGAUGUCGGCACCACGGAAUGAUAAUAUAAAUAAAUUCAACAACCUUCUUGCGUUUAUAUGUCCCAUGUUCUUCUUUAAGUCUGAUUUGGUUGUGAUUAUUUAAGCUUGUUUUAUUACUGACAAUAUUUAAUUUCAGUUUAUGUGUUUGUGUGCAUGUCUUUAGUAAUCAUUCGUGUGUUGUCUUUGGUUGUUUGAUUGAAUAAUGCCAGUCGACUUAUUCUCCAGUAAACUAGAUAUUUUAAGUACGCGUAUUCUGUCAACAUGCAAAGACAUUUAAACUUCAUAAACGUCUUUAGAUUUUUCAACAAGUAGAUAUACUAACACCUUAAAUCAUCAUAAUAUUUAUUAUAUACCAUUAUAAUAUAAACCUACUAGAAAAUAAUAGUGUAUUUCAUUAAUAUUCAGCGAUUUUCACCUGUGUAUUGUUUAUUGGGUGAGUUUUUCUUUUACUUUUUUUCUUUUUUGUUAUCCUAUUUAGGUUAAUUUCUCCUUGUAUAUGUUAUUAUUGAAAAUAUAUCGUAAGUUUUAUUUUAAUGUGUAUGAUAAUAUCGAUACUCUAAGUUCAUUCAUGUAUAAUAUAGAAUAUAUGAUCCCUUUCUGUUUUUAACAAUGUAUUUAAUAAAAUGUUGUUACGCGAGAGAUUUAUAAAUAAAAACUUGUAAACGUGAAUGUUAACGAAUUACUAGUUUUAAUAUUUACAUGAUUGUAUUAAAAAAAGAGUGCAAACACGCUAAUCGUAUUUGAUGUCAUGUUAAAAACAGUCAGUAUAAUAAACUCUGUUAUGUUAUUAACGUUAUGUUUUCGAUUGGACAUUUCAAGUGAAGGCAUAAAAUGAACAUCUAAUUGUUGUUUUAUUGUUGUUAUUAACUAAUUGUAUUUUUAAUAUUAUUCAGUGUUUAAAACCAUUAAAAAAACUUGUAUUAACUAUUUCUUUUUUUUUUAUAUAGUAAAAAUAAGAGAACUUAACAAAAUACCACUUAUUUUAAUAAUCAAGACUGUUAGGUCAUCGCAAAAAAUUACCAUUUCUGUAACUCUUGGAGGAUAUACCUAGAUAAUUUUUUUUGGUAGAGAUUUAUAUUAUAUCUUUUAGCCUAAUAACUUUCGAUGUAGUUUCUGUAAAUAUACUAAUAGUUACGUGUUUAUACUAAUAGUACCUUCGUUCUUUAUAAAAUUGAAAUGUUGAUUGUUUUUAGUAUUCAAAUUUUUGUCAUUGUCAAUAAAAGCAAAACAUUCUUUA